CGCUUCAAUGCGUUUCCGUCAACAGCAUCAAGUGCCUGAAUCUGCAUCAGCUCCUUGAAAGUCUGACGGAUGGUCAUUGGACGGCCGUCAAACAGCGGGCUCUUUCGGUGAGCCGGAGCUGAAUCCGGGAAGUCGUUUGGGUUGGGAAAGUAUUUCUUCUGGAGGACCUCGCCGCCCAGUUGCUUUGUCGACCAGACGUAGACGGGUUGGGUGAUGAUAGUGCUGCCAGAGGCAGCAGCGUCCAUCAUUGCCUUGAGAGCAUGUUGCACCUGCGACGAAAACGUUUCUGGCCAUCAGUUUCACCCGAUCUGGCGUUGUGGAGACAACGCCGUUGGGCCGAUGCACGAUUGGCCUACCUCGAGAAAUUGGUUAUCGGGGACCAAAUGGGCUUCAUGCGUUCGCUUUAACCCCUCCUCGGAGAGCAGCAACACAAUCACUGGCGAUCGAUGGAGGCCGUUGAUGAAGCCCUGCUCCCAGUCCUGGCCGUCGCGAAGGCACAGGUGGUCGAGAUAGGGAUGCAGCUCCUCCUCGCUCUUCUUCCUGGACGUGAGCGCGCCGACGAGCAGAUUGGCUUUAUCGCUCUCGCUCGAAACUCGAUAGCUGC